AUGUACCGUCGAGCUCUACGCCGACAGCUAGUGCCGAGGCCUUUGGCGACCCGCCGACCAAUAGGGGUCGCCCCGAUAUGGCACACACACUCCCAACGACAGCUCGCCUCGUUCGCCCUGAAGGUGCUUGCCCGAGUAGGGAUCACGAGUGCUGUGGGUGGUGGUUUCAUUUACACCAUAGAUCAGGCGACGCUGGGGGUCAGAGAUCAGCUUUCCAAGCUCAAAGACUUUGCCAAUGGUGCGUUUGAUCUGGCUGGAGACUUCUUCAAGGGGAUGGGCGCCGAUAAGGGCAGUGGCGACGGUGGCUCUGAUGGUGGCUCCUCCAGCCAGAAUUCCAAUAGUGCGGGGGGUGAUGGUGGCGGCAGCGGCGAUACUGCCACUGCUGUGGGUGCUACUGCAGCUGCUGUUGGUCUCCUGAAGGAAGAAGAUGACGACUUCUCUAAAGAUCCAUUUGAAGAGGAAGACGAUGAAUUAGUGCUCGAAGCUGACGACGAAGAGGAGCCUGAUUUCGAGCACGAUGAGACCGACGACAUCAUGAUGAACUUGUCGAAGCAGAUGAUCGAGCUCCGCAACAUGCUUGCCCUGAUCGACCACGACACCAUUCGGUUGCCCCUGAUCGUGGUGGUGGGGUCGCAGCUGCUGGGUAAGUCGUCGGUGCUUGAAGCCAUUGUCGGUCAAGAGUUUUUGCCCAAGGGUAACAACAUGGUCACGAGAAGACCCAUUGAAAUGACUCUUGUUAACACCCCCGACGCUGCUGCCGAGACCGUCGACUUCCCCGCGUUGAAGCUUUACAAUAUCACCGACUUCAACCAGGUGCAAAAGCAGUUGUACGAUCUCAACAUGGCGGUGCCGAUGACGGAAGCGAUUCUGCCUGAUCCCAUUCAGGUCACCAUCCGGUCGCCCCGUGUGCCUGAUCUUUCGUUGGUGGAUUUGCCUGGUUACAUCCAGGUCGAAGCUGCCGACCAGCCUACGGCUUUAAAGCAAAAGAUCCGCUCGAUUUGCAUGCGGUACCUUGAAGCCCCCAACAUCAUUCUUGCCAUCUCCGCUGCCGAUGUCGAUUUGGCGAACUCAGCGGCGCUCCGUGCGGCUAAGUUAGCCGACCCUAACGGUGACCGUACCAUUGGUGUCGUCACCAAGCUUGAUUUGGUGGAGCCUCAACAGGCUCGGGCAAUUUUGACUAACCGUAAGUACCCGUUGCGGAUGGGCUACGUCGGGGUGAUCACCAAGGCUCCUACAGGGAAGCAGGCUCUGCUUUUCAGCCGCAAACAAGUGGGCGGCUACCAAGCGUUCGUGGCUCAGCAAAACUAUGAAUACCAUUACUUGAAGGAACACAAGAACGCCUUUGUGGGAACUGUCACCUCCACUCGCAACCUCAAGAAGAAGUUGGUCAAGGUGUUGGAAAGAAGUAUGGCUGCAUCACUCAAGCCCACCUACAUGGCGCUUCAACAAGAACUCGAGGAAACGCUGUACCAAUUCAAGGUGCAAUUCAAUGACCGUUCGCUCACCCCGCAAAUGUACUUGGCCAACAACUUGGACACUCUUAAGUUGGCCGUUAAGGAAUUGUCGCACAAGUUCACCCGGCUGGAACUUAGACUGAUUGUCAAGAACGAGUUGGACCAACGCGCCAUUGACUUGAUUGCGGAGAAGUACUGGAAUCUGCCCACUGAAGCUGUGUCACCUCAAACUCUUGAGCAUGAUAUCCGGGAGCUCACACAACUCACUAAAGACGAUCCUCACUGGGCUAAGGUCUUGGAAAACACCUGCGGUGCCUUGACCAAACUGGGAGUUGGUCGUCUUCUGACCAACUUGACCACGAGAGCGAUUUUGCAAGAGGUGGAGAACUUGAUUGACAAUACCCAGUUGAGAGGCCACCCGUUGGCGAAACAGGCGGUGAUGGAUGCUGCCAAGCUGGUGCUUUCGUCAAAAUACUACCUGACUCUGGACCAGGUUGAAAAUCUGAUCAAGCCCUACAAGUAUGAGAUUGACGUUGAGGACCGCGAAUGGCAAGUUCUGCGGGAACACGCCAACCUUCUUCUCAAAGAGGAGCUCAAACAAUGUGAGCAACGCAUGAAUGAUCUCAAGCACGAGGUCGGUGGUCGCAAAUUAGCCCAAGUUAUGACUUAUCUUGAAAAGGUCAACAGUCGUAGACUGAACGACCCUGAACUUCAUGCCAAUGAAGCUCUUGGAUUUUCUCAAGCUUUGAUCCAUAAGGGGAAGGAAGGUCUUUUCUUGAAGGAACGGGCUUCGCUUCUAAAGAUGAGACAAUCGUUUGUGAAGAACUCCAAGAAGUGCCGUCGUAAGGAUGGUAAGUAUCAAUGUCCUGAAGUAUUCCUUGACAUUGUUACGUCCAAGAUCACACAAACGGCGGUGUUGUUUUUGAAUGUUGAGCUCUUAAGUGACUUCUACUACAACUUCCCCAGAGAAUUGGACGAUAAGUUCUUCACUAACCUUACCAAGGAGGAUGUGGAGAAGUUCGCCAAAGAAGACCCCAAGAUUGCCCGUCACAUUGAAUUGCAAGAGCGCAAGGAUUUAUUGGAAACCGCUCUCGCUAAGCUUGAUAGCGUGUUGGCGUUUCAAAGAACUAGAGGUCAGCUCACUGAUGACGAUAAGGAGAAGAAGUCGUUUGUUCCGUGGUAA